AAUGAAUAGGAAAGAAAGAUAAUUGUAAAUUAUUUUAUUAUAGUUAUAUGGACAAAAUGAAGGAUUUCAUCCACCUCAUCCACCCAUGUUUACUCGUGGUGGUUCAAUAGAUCGUGGUGAUCAUCCUCUAAUGUCUCAACCAUUAUCUCGUCCUACAAACUAUUCUUCCACAUCAUCAAAUCAACAACAACAAGGUCCACCACCAUCUUUAUUAUCUCAAAAUUUCAAAUCAUAUCCUACAAAUCAACAACAAUCAUCAUCAUCAAAUCAAGCACAAUUCUAUCCACCACCACCUAAUCAAUAUACUCGGCAACCUGUACCUAUAGGUGCUAUGAAUACAACAAAUAAUCGUCCACAAAAUCAACCAGUACCGAGUUUAAUGAGUGGUUUAAGUAAAAACUUUUCAAAUAAUGGUAAUAAUCUUAAUAACACACAAUCAUUAUUUCAACAUCGACAACCAUUACUACCUCCACAAUCGAACAAUAAUCGUCCUUUGUAUCAACAACAACAACAACAACAACAACAUCAUACACAAUAUUCGACAUAUUCAAAAUCAAAUGGUCCGAAUGAUGAUAAUGUUAAACCAAAACAUAUCUAG